AUGUCUUCCACUUUCGGUCAAGCUGGGACAACGUUCAAAACUUCAAUCCAGCGGGACAACAAAUGGAAGUUCACGGGCAAGAUUCGUGAGACCAUCAAGGACCGUAAGCACAAGAAAUGGGGUCUUUUAGUGUACCGCUGCGACUACGCCUCAAAUGAUACAUGGACAAAGUUCUUAGCAGCUAUUAAUCAGGAAAUGCAAAGGGGACUCGACAUAGUCCAAGGAGAGGAUCUAAAGGACACGUUGGAGAUGACACCAAAGGAAGACAAGAACACGUUGGACGGUGCAACGGUCGACCAAGUCCGCGACAUAUUCAAGGCAUGGGUCGAGAGCGACGAAGCGAAGGCGGAGAACGGCAAUGAAACCAACGCGACGCUCAACUACCCGAGGUACACGUACUGUGUGCAUGUGGAUGCCGAUACGGCAUAUGUCAACCUUGUGCAGCUUCGAUCUGAGGUCGAUCCCCAAUACAUCAAAUAUACAGAAUAUUCAACAGAGGAAGAGAUCAACGAGGAGGAGGAUGAAGAAGAGGACAUGGAUCAUGUGAAGGUACACUUGGACUAUAUUGGUGCAUAUUCGUAUAAUUCGCUGUAUGAUCCUUUUACUUUCGACAGGUACGCGAGCUAUCGCGAUGAGAACGACGUGUCGAUCGGAUGAUUGCUGGGGAUUGUGGUUACAUGUAAAGAAACAUAGAUGCUGUCAUUCAACGUGCCACAACUUCAGUGCGCGUACAAAUACUCACCAGAAUCUUGCAGUCAAUUGAGGUCAACCUCAAUAUUGGACUGAGUUUGGCCUUUCGUUCGGCAUAGUCCUUGGCGCGAGCGCAUAGCAAUAGCUUCAGCA